AACGAUUGGCUGAAAGCUGUCAGUGGAGGCGGGCCCACUUCAGCUGAGACUGUCAAGAUUGGCAAAGCGGUGGCUGCUGCUGCUGUAUGCAGGUAAAAGGGGCAAGCGACAAGAGGAAAAACAAGACCUGAAAAACAUUCAUCCUGGCAGAAAGCGAGGAGCGCAAUGGAAACGUGGGAGCCCUUUUAUGCGAAGUAGUGUGAGGAGGAGAGGUUUUAAAUUCGCGUAUAAAACUGCAGCACCUCUUGGUAGCCUUAGCGGAAAGUGUCGCUUUGUGAGUGGAAGCAACUUGGACAGCUGCGUGUUUUCAAGCGGAGCCAUCAACAAAGAAUGAAAGCGUUGAAACGAGGUCUGGAGGAUGACCGCCAUCCCGAGCAGGAGCACUCUUCGGCUGCGUCGGACAGCGAUGACGGCUCCCCGCUUGACCUGUCAGGGAAAGGGAUCCUCGCGAAGCGCCGUCGCCGCGGCAACCUGCCCAAGGAGUCGGUUCAGAUCCUCCGCAGCUGGCUGUACGAGCACCGCUUCAACGCGUAUCCAUCGGAGCAGGAGAAGCUCAGUCUUUCAAACCAGACCAAACUGUCUGUGCUGCAGAUCUGCAACUGGUUCAUCAACGCCCGCCGCCGCCUUCUGCCUGAUUUGCUUCGCAAGGAUGGCAAAGACCCCACCAAGUUCACCAUCUCCCGUAAGAUCGUCGGUAAAACCGAGGCCCAUCAGCCAAACAGAGGCGAAGCCUGCUCUCCCGAAAUCGGCGCCUCGGCUCGCUCCUCUCAGCCGCGUCCAUCGGUGAUCCGCUCCACGCCUGCUUUGGACCUUAGCCUGCUGGGGAACACGGCGACGGCCAUCCUCACCGGAGCGGGCUACCCUGGAAAGGAAGUGUGUGUGCAGGCACUCAUGACGCUGGACACACAAAGCCUGUUGAUGGAAGUGGAUGAACGAGGUGCCCCCUCAGCCGGCCCAACGCCAGGCAUCACUGUAGCUGCGAGCUACCCCAGCGGCCUUCUCAACACGCCUCCCCCAACUCCACCCGAGCUCUACCUGGGUCACGACUUCAGUGACCUGAGGCUGCUGGUUGACGCCGCUCUACAGAGAGCCGCAGAGCAGGACCUGCUCAAGGAGAGCCAAAGCAAACCAGCAGAGCCUUUACAUGCCAAACAGCUGGAUGCAAACGAAAAGGGCCCUACCCCGCCUCCAGAGGAACAGGUCAUGCAUCCUUCCAGAGUGCAGAGCCUGAUGGAGAAGGCCAUGUCUGUUCCAGAGCCGGUCAAAUCUCCAACAGCUGCUGCUCCGCUUUUGCUCCCAGCCUCUGGGUUAUCCCCCCUACCGGUAAACAAAGUGAUGUGGAGCCCCUUAUAUAAAGACACUGUCAGAGCAUCCAGCCCUAACCAACCUCGUCUCUUCCCAGCUCACCUACCAGCUGUAGUGCCAGUAACUGCCAUCAUCCUGGGGCAACCAGAGCUACAGAAACCUGCCGCCCUCCCGGCCGUUAAUCCAAAGUUACCUUCAGCUUCUUCGUCAGUCUCACUUCCAGCCUCUUGUCCUAUGGGUGCUUCAAAUCCAGCAGUGAGCCCUGUCUCCAUACAAGCCCCUUCGGCCCAGUCAGCCACAAGCCCCACUUCAGAUCCCCCCCCAGCAGCAACUGUUGCAUCUCAAUUGACGCCUAGAGGAGACCUGCCCCACCUCGAGUUCCACCAGCCCCCCUCGAUCCCUGCGACACUCCCUGUCGUGCUGCCCGCUUCAUCCUCUAUCUCAUCCGCAUCUCCAGCAGCGGUCCCGUCUCUCCUGAGCCUUGCCACCCACCUCGCUCCUCAUACCCCAGGGAGCAGCGGCUCAGCCAUGGUGCCGAAGGUCUGGACCAUGGUUCACGCCAACGCCAGGCAGGCCAGUUCACUCCAAGUGGUAAAGACCCCCAUCGGCACUGUGUGGGGGCCGCAGCACAGCCUGCACACGCUGAGUGAAGCUGUCAACUAGAAGCUGCUGCUGUUUUGUUUCUUUUUUUUCUUUUUUUUUUAUGUAAUACAUCUGAGAAGAAAGUGAGGACAGGUGUGUUUUAUACGGCUGGACUUUAACAAUUAUAGGAGAAUGUGUCUUGGUCGGCCUCUUGACGUGAAGCUCGAGCUCGGCAUGAGUUGGAACUUUUAUCGUUUACCACACAGAGGAAGGCAGAGCGUGUCAUUCCUACGUUCUUGAUGCCAUUCUGCAACGGAUUUUGAUGUCAUCCUGGGAUUUUGGGGUGUUGCAAGAAUGAACAAAUAGGAAAAUAUUCCUGAAUUGUACAAACAUUUACCAGCCUUUCCAGUAGCAGUGCUGGACUUUAGUGAAUGUAAAAAAAAAAA